AAAGUCAAAUGGAAAUAAUGUUGGAUAAUAUUGUUUUGGACUUGAAGAACACAAUUCACUUUUGAUAAUUGGAUUUCAAACGCGGCAUCGGCGCCAUCUCGUUUGUUAGCAGAUUGACGAUUUUGGCUGUGACCCACACUGAACUCGGAUCAAACACAAAAUUACAAGACCCCAGACCUUCUCCUCGCUUUAAUCACGAUUCCUUUUCGGCCCUAACCUCUGAAUUUAUUCUCACUCGUUUCAGAUGGAUCGAGAAAAUUUAAGGACGAUCCAAGAACUUCAACUUGAUCAGGAUUGUUCGUAAGAUAAAUGAUGAUAUCUCUCAAGGACUUGGUGCCAGCAGCCCAGAACAAUGUAAACACACAAUUCAUAGUAUUAGACAAGGGCAUGACAACAAUAGAAGGACAAAACAAGACAUGCCAAUCACUGGUGGCAGACGAAACAGCAGCGGUUCACUUCCAGCUAUGGGGAGAAGAGUGUGACGUCGUCGAGCCAAGCGACAUCCUACGCUUGACGAAUGGGAUAUUUUCCUACAGCCGAAACAAUAAUCUGGUACUGAGGGCAGGGAAGAGAGGGAAGGUAGAGAAGGUGGGAGAGUUUAACAUGGUGUUUGUAGAGACACCGAAUAUGAGCGAGAUCCAUUGGGUUCCCGACACGACUAACUCGAAAAAGUACGUGAAGGAAUCUGUUCUAUCACCAUAUUCUCGCAUCUUUCCGCCAAUCCGUUGAUUUGAGUGAAUGUGUUAUUCAAGUAAUGCAAGAAAAGGUCAAGAAAAUAGUAGAUUUUGAAGAUGCAAUGGACACUAUGCUACACAAACAUUAUGGUCAUUGUUGCAUCUAACUUAGUUUUGCCUCUUUUACUUUUGCUUUGGAAAGCAUUUGAGGAAGAGAACAUAUAGAACAACAUGAUCUAAGUAAGCUUUCAUUGGUAUGAAGUUGAAUCUUGUACUCCAUGGUCUUUGUAACGGCCCGAAA